CUCUCACAUGUCUUACUAUGGUCCGUGACGUUAUAGAUAAAUCGCUCAGUAUAAGGUCAUCAUCCUGUCACCCUGCUACUUUCCUAUGACCUAUGACUUUGUUGCACUGCUAUGGAACUUAAAUCUCUACCGACACCACGGACGGCCAAAAUACUAUUAGACUAGCUCAAGCGCUGGCUUAAUUACUUGCUUCUCUAGUCUCCCACCGCCCGCUUCCAUCUCCACCCAAGGGUUUGCCAAUUCUAAGAACCGAGUCUCCUAACGAAAAUGGCCGGUUUCGCCAAGACCCUCAUCGUAGCAAUCGUCGUCUGCAUCGUCGUGGUGGUGAUAGUGACCGGCCUUUUAAUCUACAUCGCACUCAACUGGUCCAAGAUACUACGCCGUGUCACUCCCGACCGUUGGGCAUCUCCGCCGAGCGAGAAAUCUACCUGGCCGGAGCCGAGACCAUCCGGCGAAUUCGUCCCUUCGCCUAUUUCGUCUACGAGAUCGUCGAGAUUUAGUGCCGAUCCGAUGAUGACCAAAUUUACGGAAGGUCAGGGCGAAUCUAUAACGCCGCCUCCCAAUGUGAAAGCCUAAAGAAGAGGGAUACAUCAUUCCCUCUCUUCCGAUAUGAGAACCUCAGGGACACCGGUGCCAUCAACUUCAGCAUAUCCAUGACGUAGUACGACAUAGUGAUAACGGACCAUUCAUUCGACGAAGCCAUCGGCGGCCCUAACUAACCUCCACAACGAGAACGUUUAGGUAACGGGGCGGGCCGACAACGCGAUACGAAGGUUUAACCACAGCGGUU